AUGGCGACGUUCAAAUCGAUGCAGAAUUUCAAGCCCUAUGACCAUGAGGCCCAACUCAAGAAAUUCGAGACCAAGAAAAUCCCGGACGACGAAGAGGACCUGCCAUACGGCUACUGCUGCUUCUGCAAUUUGUUCGACACGAAUCUGGACAACGUGAUGAACUCGUUGCGGUUGCCGUAUGUAGCUGCCCUGAUUUGGGCGGAUCCUGAAGACGCGGGAGCAAUCCGCGAGGAGAACGCCGCCCUGAAGCUGCAGGUAGAAACGCUGUUGUCUAAAAAUUGGAGGCUGAGGAAUCAAAAGGCCAUGUCGAAAAGAACUAGACGACGAGUCAGAGCUGGCGACAUGGCUAAGGUGCUUAAAGAGCGCGCCUCAACCUCGGCCGAAGUCGACCUGAAACAACAACAAAUCGAUGACCUAAGCGAGCAGCUAUCAACAGUGACGGGCGAACUGGAGUUUUGUCGAAAAAAUGAGCAGGAACGGGAACGUCUGAUGCUAGAGAAGGAGGCGCACGUCACCAGUCUUGAGCAGAUGCAUGCGUUGCAAAAAGGGAAAAACAGGCUGAAAGCUAGCAACAAGGCGAAGAUUCAUAAACUUGGCACUGAGGUGGGUCGCUGGAAGAGUCAUGCAGACGAGCUUCAGGCACAGUGUGCUUCCGCCGUCGAUCUGCUGCUCGAACUGAGAAAUCUGGACUGCGCAAAUUGCCAUCACCCGGUGAUCGAGUCCACGUCGACCAAAUUUGAAGUUAUUGACGGAUUGGUCAAAUUUUUGGCAGUAUACGUGAGAAGAAAGGCCGAACGCGCCGAAUAUCAAGCCGACGACCCUGACCUACAGUCAGCUACAAGCCGCCGGCAGAUACGAUUCAAACGGGCAAUCGGAGAGGAAUACUCGGAAGGACCUGGCGAAUGGGCCGAAACGCCGUAUGACGCAGACGGCUUUGAGCUAAAUAUGUGUCUGACCCUGGAAGACCCGACACCCGGAGAA